AUGGAGGCCAAACUCAAAUCUCUCAAGGUCGUUGAUUUGAAGCAAAUCCUUACAAGAGCGAGUGCCGUGCCAGCAGGCAAGGCUAACAAAGCCGACCUUAUAGCUAAAAUCAUCGCAACACCCGCUGCUGUCGACGCCUUCAAUGCUCUUCAUCCUUCUAAACCUGCCCCACAUUCCCAUGACGAUCUACUUGCCCCGCCAGAAGAUCUUGACUGGACAGUAGAUGAAGUUCCGCCCUCGAAGUCGGAUGAAGCUGCUUCCGAGCCUACAACAGAAACUCCUGCCCCUUUAGCUGCCGAGCUUACAACGGCCCCAAUAUCUGCACAAGACAUUGCACCAGAACCUCAGGUCGCUAACACAGCAGAGUCUACAUCUUACCCUGCGGACGCUGAAUUGGAGAAGCGUAAACAACGUGCUGCCAGAUUCGGUAUUCCACUAGUAGAAACCAAACCCAGACAAAGGCUUGCCACCGCAAUUAAAACUAAUGUUACUGCCACGCAACCAAGUGAUGAUGCUGAAAAAAUCAAGGCGCGCGCAGAGAGAUUUGGGCUGAAAAUUGCAGCGAAUGGAAAGACGGGACCAAGCAAAGACAAUCAAACUUCACCGGGCUCGAAACGGAAAAGAGGUGCUGUUGCACCUCCGCCUGAGGUUGAGGUGGAUCUCGAGGAGCUAGAGAGACGACGAAAGAGAGCUGAGCGGUUUGCACUGAAGCCUUAA